AUGAGUUCCGUGACUUCUGACCUUAGCCUAACAGAGAACAUCACCACCAUCAUCCGACCCCCUUACUUCUACAUCAGUGGAUUCACAGGGAUCCCCAACAUGGAGUACUACUAUGUCUUCCUCUCCCUCAUAUACAUAAUCUCUCUGGUGGGCAAUACCUUCAUCAUGGUUGUUAUCUUCGUGGACCACAGUCUCCACCGCCCCAAGUACAUCGCAGUGUUCAACCUGGCCUUCACUGAUUUAUGUGAGAGCACGGCCCAGGUCCCCAAGCUCCUGGAUAUGUUCCUGUUCGACAGACAGUUCAUCUCCUACGACCAAUGUCUCGCCAACCUAUUCUUUGUCUUCGUCUUCCUCACCAUGCAGUCUUUCAACCUCAUCAUCCUCUCCUAUGACAGACUGGUGGCCAUCUGCUACCCUCUCAGGUACCACAUGAUAGUGACUCCGAGGUCCAUGAUUCAGCUCACAGUUUCGGGGUGGGUUUUUGCAGUGCUGAUUGUUUUGAUCGCUGUGGGCCUCAUCACCCGCCUCUCCUUCUGUAGGUCUGUGGUGAUCAACAGCUACUUCUGUGACCAUGGCCCCCUGUUCCGCCUAGCAACCCCCUGUUCUGACGUGCUCCCGAACCUUGUGAUGGCAAAACUCCUCCCCUGUAUAGUCCUCUAUAUUCCCAUAAUCUUCAUCAUAGCAUCUUACAUCUGUAUCAUCCACGCCCUCUUCACCGUCACACUUCCCCAGGACCGGAUCAGAGCCAUGAAGACCUGCACAUCUCACCUGACACUAGUGGCCAUAUUCUACCUGCCUGUUAUCUUCACCUACCUCCUCCAAUCCCUCAUACAAACCAACGCCCGCAUCAUCAACCUCUCCCUGACCUCUGUGCUGCCUCCCAUGCUCAACCCCAUCAUAUACGUUCUGAAGACGGAGGAGUUCAAGGUAUCGGCCAAGAGGUUCCUCAGAAGAGUAGCCCAGAGAGAGGUGUGUCCAGUGAAGACAACAUGA